AUGCCACAUAUGACUAUAGUGGAACACUCAUUUGAGUUUGUAGACACAUAUAUUCCCGAAUACUUUGAAACCGGCGCCACAGACCCAUUGUACAUUUUCGUAUCAGGUCCUCAAGGUUCAGGGAAGACAUAUACAAGCAGAUUAUUAUAUGAUCAUCUAGUGGAAAAAUACAAAGGGGAAAGGAAGGUCGCUUUGACAUCUAUUGAUGAUUUUUAUUUGACGCAUGACGAUCAGUUGAAGUUGAGCAAAACCUUUUCCAAGAAUAAAUUAUUACAAGGAAGAGGGUUGCCUGGUACUCAUGACAUGAAUGUGUUGAAUGAUGUGUUAAACGCGGUGAACCAAAAGAGAGGUAAUAACAGGGAGGAGAACAAAUUAUUGUUGCCCCAGUACGAUAAAUCAAAGUUCGACGGUGAGGGUGACAGAUGUGCUACACGUCUAGAGUUGGAUGUUCCUAUUGAUAUAAUAAUAUUAGAAGGGUGGUUUAUUGGUUUUGAGGCCGUUUUACAAGGAAAAGAUAACGAUGAUCUAUUGAAAGGUGAUAUGGUCGACGUUAAUGCGAAAUUAUUCAUGUAUGGAGAUCUCAUGUGGAAAAAUCCCGAGAUAAAUUCAUUGGGAAUUGUACUUUGUGCUGAUACCAUCCAAAAUGUAUAUACAUGGAGAACUCAACAAGAACAUGACCUUAUUUCCAAAACUGGGAAGGGAAUGACUGAUGAAGAAGUGAAAUCAUUUGUUGACAGAUAUUUCCCAUGUUAUCAACUAUAUUACGAAAAUCUUGUACGUGGUGAAAAGCUGGGAUCCAUUGCAACACUAACUUUGGGGAUAGAUAUAGAGAGAAAGGUGUAUUCAUCCAAAGUGAGAUGUAUUGAAUAA